AUGGCCUCUUUAAAGACCGUCCCCGAGCUGGCUGUCGCGACCGGCUUACCUCCUUCACUUGUCUUUAACUCCGUUGCGGGAUACCAAACAGACCCUCUGAUCAAGGAUCACCUUGCAGACAAGUCGACUUUGUUGCAGACAGAUGCAUUUUGUAGUGUCAUUUUGGCUGAUAAGGCCCUCAAGAUAGAGUACAAAGAGCUGAGAGCCAGCCACUUCGUGGGGGUGCCUCUCUCAGACCUAUUCACCAUGGCUCUUAAUCCUCACAUACCCCAAGAUAAGAGAACGGAGAUGUCUCUGGUGCCCGGCAUGCCAUCAUACGCUAUCUUUAGUUCCAUUGACGGAAAGCGUCUCACUCAUCGUGCCAAUCAAAAGGAUCUUCUACUUCGCCAGCCUGUCCCAAAGCUCGCUGUUCACUUUCAUCCAAACACAUAUCUUCCGGUUUAUCGAAAAUCUGACCAAAUGCAUACAUCCCAUAUCAAUUUGAAUUAUCUUAACUUUCGGUCCGCACCCUUCAACGUCCUCCCCCUUUUUGAUUUCCAGGCAUUCGUGCAUCCAAUUCUUCUUUUUGCUGAUCAAUUCAACUACUAUGUUGCCUUUAAUGAAGACUUUGCGACCUACUACGACAUGUGCGUACACCAGAUUGACAUCCCCUGUCUCACGGAUCCCAUCUGUGUUCCCGAGAUGGACGACGAUACGAUAGUGAUUGACUGUUCAAAGGUGGGACGGUUAAUCAGCAGGCUUUAUACCAAAGGGUUCUCCAUUUACAAGGACUAUAAAUGGGAGCGUUUCUGUGACAUUAUUACAGUUUUUCACUACGUUAAUGGGAUCGUGGACGCUCUACCAGAAUACUUUCCUGCACAUACUACCCAGGUGGAUCAAGAGACGGCUGCACGUAUUCAGAAUCUUGCUGCGUCGACCUCUCAUAUGGCUUUGAUCAUUGAGGACGGAGAGGAUCCCCUGGAGAUGGUCUCUAUUCUGCAAGAGGCGUUUGGUGCACAGCUUCGAUUCAAACCGGACUUUUAUCUCUCCGACUCUAUACUCGGCUCGGAGGAUCUUGUCAGCUUUCUGCUGCCCGAUAUGGUGUACAACCCGCUUACUAAUGAAUAUCUUUAUUUACCAGAAUUAAUUGGGUCAGAGGACGGAGUUGUACUGGAAGACAGCGCCCCUACCAACCUUAUCUUAUCCCAGAUAUCUAGGAACCCUGAUUCGUGGCGGUCGAAUAGUCUCGUCAACAUAACCCGGAUAUGUCCACUAUUCCUUGCACAUAUAACUGGAAUAAGUGAAGGUGCUACUCUAGGGCCAGCGGACACUGGUUCCGGUUCAAUCCUGGAUCGAAUACGGCGCGAUUGUACUGAUAAUAGCACACAACUGAUGUCAGAGAUAAGAGAGAAGUUAUUUGGUUUUUCAGAGAGACGAUGGAACGCUUUGAAGACUGAGGUGAAGCAAGCGUGGAUGAUGCCUAAUAGAUCCAGUGCCUUAGCGUCUCUAAACCUAAAAGCAUUCUCCACAGCCGCUUCUGUUCUCACCAAGGAUUAUGUACGUGUUUUGAAUUGGUGCCCAGGCUGUCAUGCACAGGAGCUGAUCCCAUCUUUUCUUGCAUCCCAAAAGAAUGCGCGUUCGAGCUGGCUUGCACUUCGCACACGAUCUUUUGCUAAGUACCUCCUAGAGGUAUCACCAGAUGUGGUUGCUUUCCAAAGGUCGGACUUCGCUGAGUUUCUUGACGCAUAUUUGUAUGAAAAUGAGGUAUCCAAGUACGUCUUUAUCCACACCAGAGUAUGCCCCCAGUGGCCAUUUGUUACACUGGACAAGUCAUAUGUGGCGACCUUUUUCUCUGCAGACCUGGGGAAGUCCGUCAGAAACACCCAGAAGUGCCCAUUCGAUGGCCACUACACCACUGAAACCUCUACCAUAGCAUUUAACAGCGAAAAGUACGAACUUAUUUCUUACGAUAACAUAUACCUUAGCAACGUGCUUUCCAUGUCCUGGUUGAACGAGGCUUCACCGGCCAUAUGGAAACGCUUUCUUUCGGAGAACACUGCCACUAUUUGUUUGGUUAAGCACAAAAAGCUAGAAAGCACCUACCUUGUUGUUUUGAAUGUCGCUUGCACUAGAGAUUCAGACCCUGUCACCACCAUCCAGGUUCUCUACUCAGAGUACUACUUUUACCGGUUUAUUCAGAAGCAGGUUGCUGAUGGACGAGUCAACUUGGCCCGAGAUAGCGUUCUGUAUGUCAUGGCCGGACAAAUCUGUGGAGGCGUCGAGGAGCCUUCAUACCGCAUGCUGACGGGAGGGAACAGAUGGACAUCAACCGGUAAUGAAUUGGUGUCAUUGGAAGCUUCAUAUAACAUGGUCAGGCAGGCUCUGAAGCGUUAUGAUGAGCAGCAUCAGCAAUCAGUAGAAGGAGCUGAUAUGCUCCCCACUGACAGAAGCUAUGAGUCUCUGUUUGCAGCUAUUGUCCACGAAAAAGACCUCUUGGAUCUUAUUUGUCGAAAUAGCAAUUUGGUACGUACCUGGAUCCCCGUUUAUUACGAUGAUGCGCAGACUAGCGCUGGACCAGAGGCUAGUGUAAUGUGGGAUAGCGAAAGCUACAACUUUUACCUUGCUGCUGCAGAGGAGGAUCGAGUCGCGUCGGCCAAGCUAGCGGUCUUCGGAGUACUUUAA